AUGAGUGAUGAUGGAAAUCAAGAACGUGAGACAAAAGAAGGAAAAACUAAGACAAAAGGAAAUACGGGUGGAACACUUUCACAAAUAUUUAUGAAAUCAAUGAGAAAAUCAGCUGGAAAAUCACGUGCUCCACUUCCAUUUGGAAUGAAUUCUGGUAAUAAUGCAUCAAGUUCUAAUAAUAAAGGAAAUCAUUUAAAUGCUCCUAAUGAAAGUACAUUUAUACUUUAUGGUGCAUCUGAUUCAACUAUAGUUUCAUCAUCUACAACAUCUAAUGAUCUUGAUGUUAGUACACUUAAUGAUGAUGAAGUACGAGAACGUUUUAAAUCUGUUAUGGAUGAUUUAUUGGAAGGAAAUGAAACAAAAAAGAAAAUGUUUGAACAAACAACAACAGCACAUAUGAGAGAAAUGCUUAUUUCACAUUAUAAACUUGCCACUAAUGAAAUGAGUGGUGCUAAAUCACCUGAAUAUCAAAUUCAAUGUUUAAAUAAUGUUACUAUUGAUAAUAUUUAUUCAAAAAAUAGUAAAGAAACAUUUGAACGUGUUGCAUUUUCAUUAAAAAAAUAUGGUUUAAAAUGGAGUAAAGUAUUUGGUGAAAAUUAUAAUGGUCCAAAUGCAAUGCUUAAAGCAAUGCGAGCAUGUAUCACUAAAAUACAAUAUACACGAGAAAAAAUUAAUCGUGAUGGUGAUGAACGUCGUGAAAAACAAAGUACAUUAUAUGAAAUACUUGCUGCUGGUAUUGAAGCAUUUAAAAAUUAUCUUAAUCUUGGUUGGAAUUUUAAUUCCAUGAAAGAAUCACUUGCAAAAGAUAUAGCUGAAAUUACAAUUGAUGUAUUAAAUAUUUUAUAUUCGGAAAAUGAUGAACGUUCAAAUAAAACUAAAUUUACAUGUGCAAUUCUUUUAUUUGCAUUGGCUAUGCCAAAUGAAAAUAAUCCUUCUAAUGGUCAAAAUAUAGUUCAACUUCUUUCAAAAUCUGCUCAAAAAUGGUGUCCUGGUCGUGAACGUUUUGAAUGUCUAAUUCAUGAACUUAAUGGAACAAUAGAAAUAGCUAGUAGUUUUUUAAUGUGUAUCAAUGCUAUAUUUGUUACAUUAUCAACAGAACAUCGAUAUCAUUUACGUAGUGAAUUAUUUCGUUCUGGUUUUAAAUCACGUUUUGAAGAAUUACAAAAACGAGUUAAUGAAUGUGAAGAUCCAAAACAAAAAGAUAAUUUAUUAACACAAAUUAAUUUAUUUCUUCAUCACAUUGAUGAUGAUUAUCAAUCAAUGAAUAUUAAACUUGAAUCAAUAUCUAAUACAUGGGCUGAUCUUCAAGCUUGUUUUGAUUAUUUAUAUGGUUUAGUAAAAAAUACUUCAUCAGAACCUAUACUUUCAAGUAUUAUUAAUCGACUUAUCUGUAUUCGAGAUGAUCAAGCUAUUCGUUUUUCUUAUCUUCGUUUAAUUGAUGAAUGUAUAACACGUAUUGUUUUUUCAAAAACAGCAUGUGAUCCUGAUUUUGAUACAUAUUCAAUGGAUAGUGAAUCAAUUGGAGAUUCUGGUCUAAGUUUAAGUGAUCAUCUAUCAUCAGUACGUAAUGGUUCAUUACAUGAUUUAUCACAAAUGGCUGGAAAUGCUGUCAAUAAUUUAACAGUAACAGAAAAUGAAAUACAAAUUAAUUUAAUGAAAGAACGUGUUGAACAUCUUGAAAAAACAAGAGAAAAAUUAACAAAAGCACUUGAAAAUAUUUUAAGCAAGGUCGAUACAGAAACAGCAAUUAAUUUUAAAAAACAAUACGCUGAUAUUUUUGGAGAAUCAAUAUCGAUUAUUGGAUCUGCUAGUAACAUUCCACCACCACCUCCUCUUCCAUCAUCAACAGGCAACAUGCCGCCACCACCGCCACCGAUGCCACCAUCAUUAGGAAAUAUUCCACCACCACCUCCAUUACCUGGUGAUUUAAUGCCACCACCUCCACCACCAGGAAAUAUUCCUCCACCACCUCCUCCUAUGCCAGGUCUUAUACCACCAGCACCUCCAAUGAUGACAGAAGGUGGUGUACCACCGCCACCUCCUCCACCAUUUCCAGGUAUGGUAGGUAGCGGAGGACCGCCACCACCACCUCCUCCACCAUUUCCUGGAAUGACCGGUAGUGGAGGUCCACCACCCCCACCGAUGAUGAACAUGAAUGCUCCUUCAUUUGGUCCACCACCAGUGCCUGAAUAUUUACCAAAAAAAACAAAAAUAUGUUCAUUUUUUACAACAAUUAAAGAAAAUUUUGCUACAAAAUCAGCUCCUAUUAAAAAUCUUGCUGAUAGUGAUAAUGAAUCAUCAUCAACAACAACAGCGAAAAAAACAAAGGAAUUUCGUGUACUUGAUCCACGUGCUGGUCAAAAUUUUGCUAUUAUGUUUAGUCAAUUAAAAUCAACUCCACAACAAUUUCGUCAAUGGCUUCUUGCUUGUGAUAGUGAACAUUUAACGAGUGAUUUACUUGCUCAAUUAGAUAAAUCAUUUCCUAGUCCAGAAGAAUUAAAAAAACUUUCAGAAUUAAAAAAUGAAAUAUAUGAUUUACCUGAUGCUGAACAAUAUUUUUGUGCUGUUAGCGAUAUAAAACGUUUACAACAACGUAUUAAAAUACUUCUAUUUAAAAGUCAAUACAAAGAAUUACUUGAAGAAACAGAAAAAAAUUUUGUUGCUGCACGACAAGCUUCUGAAACAGUUCGUCGUUCUAAACGUUUUCCAAAAUUAAUUGAACUUGUAUUAACAAUUGGUAAUUAUAUGAAUUCAAGUGGUAAAACAUAUGAACCAAUAUAUGGUUUUGAUAUUAAUUUUCUUCCAAAAUUACAUUCAACAAAAGCUAAUGAUGGUAAACGAACAUUAUUACAUUUUAUUAUACAAGAAAUUGAAAAAGAUCAUGCAGAUUUAUUAAAAUUUGGUGAUGAAUUUCAAGGUGUUGCUGAAGUAGCAUCAAAAAUUGAUACUAAUGAAUUACAAAGAAUAUUAAAUGAAAUAAAAUCACGUGUUAGUAGUGCACAAACAGAUUUAGAUAAUGCUAAAAAUGCAACAACAGAUUCAAUAUCAGGAGAUCGUUUUGCUCAAACAAUGGAAGGUUUUGUUAAAAUAGCACGAGAUGAUAUUGAAAGACUUGAAGUAUUAAAUACUAAAAUGACAAGUGCAUAUCAAGAUUUAUGUGAUUAUUUAACAAUUGAUCCUAAAAAAUGUCCAUUAAAUGAGUUUUUUACUGAUUUAAAAACAUUUUGUACAGUAUUUUUAACAUGUCUACAAGAAACUCGUCUAUGGCGUGAACAAGAUGAAAAAGCUAAACGUGCACAAAUGUCAAAACAACUUGUUGAUGAUAUACGAAAGAAACAUCGUGCAGAACCAAAAGCUGAACAAAAACCAUUCUUUAAACCAAGUGAUGAAGAUACUGAUGUUGUAUCAAAUCUUAUGUCUGUUCUCAAAGACGCUAAUAUGACUUCACAACCAAGACGAGUUCGUCGGCCACCAGAAGUUGAAAUAUUUGGUGGAGUGUUGAAUGAAUUAAAUACUAAUCGAGUACAUCAACCAUCAUCUUCGGUUCGUGUUGAUGUUCGAUCUAAUCAUAAUCGUCCACCACCACCACCACCGCCACAUUCAUCUCAUGAUGGCACUCGACAAACACAGCAUCAAAUACCUCCGCCUAUACCAGCACGAAAUCUUCGGUCUACUACUACUACGGGAAAGAAUAAAGAUUACCAAACAAUACUCGAACAAAUUUUACAUGAAUUAACUAAAAUAAAUCUAUCAAACAAAGACGAACGUAUUCUACUUAUAGGACAAAUUGAUGGACUUAUUGCCUAUAAAGUAAAUAUAAUAGGUCUUAUUGCUGAUAAUAAUCCGACGACGAAUAAACUUAUAGCAAAAUCAAGUGAUACAUUCAAAAAUAUUUUAUAA